CUUUUUUUUUUCUUGUUCUUGGGGGUUCCCUUGUUGAUAAAAUUCAAUCCGGCCAUUUCUUGGAGCCCUCUUCAGCAGUUUUCAGUUUUCACACCCUGACCCUUUACAGGCCGGCGUGGCUCAACACAAAUACACAAUUGCAUUGCAUCCGCAUCCGCAUCCGCAUCACAUCAUGGUCAUGUCCUGUCUCAGCCUCGUCUCCCUCUACUCACGCUACCUCCGUCGCUCUUUUAUAUUGGCCGGUCUUUCACCCCAAACCGUCGACGUCGACUCUGAAACCACCAUCCACUUUUGGGGCCCGGAAACUGAGUCUUCCCCCACACCCAAAGGCAAGCCCGCACUACUACUACUCCAUGGGUUCGGUCCCAGCGCUGUGUUCCAAUGGCGCCACCAGGUGCAAUCCCUGACUCCUCAAUUCGACCUCUACAUCCCAGACCUCAUCUUCUUUGGUGGGUCUACAACUACAAGCAAGUCUUCGGAGAGGUCAGAAAUUCUUCAGGUAGUGUCAAUGGGAAAACUGGUUGAGAAGCUUGGUUUGGAGAGGUUUUCUGUUGUUGGCACCAGCUAUGGUGGGUUUGUGGCCUAUCACAUGGCCUUAAAGUGGCCGGAGAAGGUUGAUAAAGUAGUCAUAGCAAGUUCUGCUGUUAGCAUGAGAAAGAAAGAUAAGGAGGAAUUGUUGAAGAGGGCCAAAGUGGAGAAGAUUGAGUAUCUCAUGUUGCCCACUACGCCUGGGCAGUUAAGGACGUUAAUUCGUCUGUCCAUGUUCAAGCCUCCCCUCAUUUUACCGGAUUUCCUGCUAAACGGCUUUCUCCAUAAACUGCUGGAGAACAGGGAGGAGAAGAUAGAACUUCUCAAGGGACUGACCCUAGGACAGAAUGAGACCACGAAUGUUUCUCCUCUUCAACAGGAUGUACUGAUAGUGUGGGGAGACCAUGACCAGAUAUUUCCGCUGGAGAAGGCCUUUGAGCUCAAGGAGCUUCUUAGAAGGAAUGUUAGAUUGGAGGUGCUAAAGAACACAUCGCACAUACCACAGACAGAGGAUCCAGGCCAGUUCAAUGACGUUGUCAAGAAAUUCUUGUGUGGCUCUUCUUAGUCAUUCCAUUUUAGUUCAAUUCAGAGUCUCAGAUCCGUGUCACCCCUGGAUUAGGCAAGGCCUUGAGGGGGACAAUGAGUCCAAGUCCAUCCAUCUAUCCUCUGUAACUUAGUUGAAAAAAAAAAUUAAGUUGAAGAAUUUAUAUAUGCAUCUAGUUAAACGGUUAAAGCCAUGACAGAUAAUCUUUCCUUCUUCA